GCAAAAAUCCCCCAAUCCAGAAGAGAAAAAAUUGCACAUUCAAAGCACCAGAUUUUCCUUCCCUUUUGCAUGCCUUUGAAUUUGAUUUCAUGGAUGUAACAAACACAUCAAACAGAAAAGAAAUGGAUCGGAUCAAAGGUCCAUGGAGCCCCGAAGAAGAUGACUUGCUCGAGAAGCUGGUACAGAAACAUGGCCCCAGAAACUGGUCUUUGAUCAGCUCAUCGAUCCCUGGUCGUUCCGGCAAAUCCUGUCGGCUCCGGUGGUGCAACCAACUGUCACCCCAGGUUGAGCACCGUGCCUUCAGCCCGGAAGAAGACGAGACUAUCAUCCGAGCUCAUGCCAGGUUAGGUAACAAGUGGGCCACCAUAGCCCGACUCCUGAACGGCCGUACGGACAACUCCAUUAAAAACCACUGGAACUCCACGCUAAAACGCAAGUGCCUGUCGUCGUUUGGGGAAGAAUGUAAUUUCGUCGGGACUGGAGGGUAUGAUGGUAAUCUGGGAGGGGAAGAUGUACAACCCUUGAAAAGAUCGGCGAGUGCGGGGCUUUUCAUGAGCCCCGGGAGCCCAUCGGGAUCCGAUGUGAGCGAUUCUAGUGUUCCCGUUUCAUCAUCCUCGCACGUGUACAAGCCCAUCCCAAGGACAGGUGGAGUCAAUGUUGAUGUCAAUGUUACGCCUGCCGGAACGGAGGCGGCGGCGUCUUCAGACGACGACCCACCGACUUCACUGAGUCUGUCUUUGCCGGGUGCAGAGCCGAGCGAGGUGUCAAAUCAGCCGAUUGCCGAGUCGACUCGGGAGGGAAGGGGAGGCGGGGUGGUGAGGUUCAGUGCGGAGUUUAUGGCGGUGGUGCAAGAGAUGAUAAGGGCAGAGGUGAGGAAUUACAUGGUGGAGCAAAACGGCGCAGUUUCGGGGGGAGCGGGAAUGGGGAUGUGUUUGGAUCGGGGGUUUAGGAAUCUUGUGGCUAUGAACCGGGUUGGGGUGGGUAAGAUGGAGUGAAAAAACCGGGGGUUGUGUAUUUUCUGGUAAUGGUGAAUAAUUUUUGGUUGAAAAGUAGGGUACCCUCGUUAAUGGUUUUACUGGAACAGAUUUCCAAUUGAUUCCUAUCUAAAUUUAAAAGUAUCUGACAUCAUUGUUUUUUUAGCAGGACAUA